AUGUACGAAGGGAUUGACAACCUGAAAUCCCUUUACGACCGUGCCGGGAAGACUUUCUCCGGCGGUCCUUCUGCGGCACAGGAUGUGUCGCGUCGUACUGCUCGACCAGACCCAGUACGUCAACCAUCAAUUGGGAGCGGGGCUCCCAAGAAUCCCAGGACGGGGGAUAGCCGCGCCACCGGACGAGGUAACUCGUCCGACGUCCGUUCACGUCGCGGUGGUUCAACAGCUGCUCAACUAGAUAGCGCUGGCCACCGCGAGAGUCCUCUAAUGGAGGUGGAGGAGGAGGAAAGACGCUCUCCACACAAUCAUGUGGAUCGGUGUGUUCCCGAGAGCUUCUUUGAUCGCGUAACGCAAGGGUUACGCGACGAUCUCGAGCAUGAGCGGAAUAGGCGUCUCCAGAUGGUGGACACUGCCUCGAAGCAUCGAGCUGAGUUUGCCUUUGCUCAGCUUGAGAACGAGAGAUCUCUGACAUCUCUUCGUGACGAGCUAAGGGUAGCUCGUGGGAUUGUUGAUCGGUCUCGGGCUGAGAUAACUGCUCUUCAGACCCUUGUUGAUGCCCACCAUCGGGAGCACAAGGCUCUCUGCGAGAUGCUUGAGCGCAAGGGCGUUCUUCAUCGGAAGAAGCAGCGUACUGAUGGUACGGCUUAA